AUGUUGGUAGGGCGAAGGAGGGAUGCGGCACGUGAUGACCCGCUUAACUCUGGAGCCAGAGGUAGGGACUUGGACUGGCCUUAUGUAUGA